UUGAAUUUGAAUAACAAAAAAGUUACCAUUGAGGCGGGUCAGUGAAGAGUGGCGUUCCCUGACUAAUAUAUAGUAUAUAUAUAUACUGUAUAUACAUAUACACACACUAUAUAUCUGGUGGUGUCACGGUGCUUCAUGGACCUGUACGCCUUCUGCAAAGGUUUACCCAAAAUAGAACUACAUGCCCAUCUUACAGGAUCCCUGAGUGACAAGACAGUGCUAAGACUUCUAGAGGCUAAACGCAAGGAUGGGCAAGUCAAUUUACCAAAAUCUGCCGAGGCUACAAUUCAGCGGGGACACAAUCGUACACUUGAAGAGUGCUUUAAAAUAUUUGGCAUUUUACACUGCCUAACAGACAGCAUAGAAGCAGUUAAGAAUAUAACAAAAGAUGUCAUUCAAGAGUUUGUAUCUGAUAAUGUCAAGUACUUAGAGCUGAGGACAACACCCAAAUCCAUCCCUGGCAAAAUGUCUAAGAAGGAUUAUAUAGAUGCUGUACUUGAAACCAUGUUACAAGAAAUGAAGACCAGUAGGAUUAUUGUGCGACUGCUGUUAUCCAUAGACCGUUCCCGUGGUGUGGACGAUGCUUGGGAUACUCUACAGCUGGCUAAAGAGUACAUUUCUUGUGAGAUGUACAAGUUCUUGAUAUGUGGUAUAGAUGUCAGUGGUAAUCCAAAGAGUGGUAAUUUAAGUCAUUACAUCCCUGUGUUGGAGGAAGCAAAGAAAUGUGGGCUUAAAUUGACCAUUCACUUGGCAGAGAUUCCAAAUGAAGCAGAAACCCUUGCAGUCUUGAAAUCUGGCCUAGUGGAUCGCAUAGGGCAUGGAACUUUCAUUCAUCCUAACAGUGGUGGGUCUCAGGAGCUACUGAACUAUGUUCAUCAUAAUCAGAUACCAUUGGAGUUGUGCGUUUCUUCAAAUGUGAAAACCGGGACAGUGAAAAGUAUUCAAGAUCAUCACUUGACACAGUGGAGAAAAGAUGGUCACCCAGUCAUAAUUUGUACAGACGAUAAAGGUGUAUUUUCCACUUCACUAAGUGAAGAGUUUUGCCUAUGUGCAGAGGCUUUCAAUCUUACUAAGAAUGACUUAAGUGAGUUGUGCAUUAGUGCUGUUGAAGCUACUUUUCUAUCCCAGGAUGAAAAACAUCAACUUCGACAGUCAGUUCAAAGUGAACUAAAGGUCCUCUUGGUGAAAACACAAUCAAGUUGUUGACAAUAAAAGAAACAUAUGGCAUCCAUUUUUAUUCUUGCUACUGUAUCACUAUUUUGGUAUGGGAUAUAUAUACUGUAUAUUAUUAUCAUGGAAAUAAAGAAUCAGUACAGUA